GCAGGAAGGAGAGCGAGGCAGGCGAGGAAGGAAACAGUCGUGCGCUGCGGUAGCGGCGGCAGCAGCAGCAGCAGCAACAGCAGCAGUAGCGAGAGAAGAAGAGGCGGCUGGUACUCGGCGGUGGAUUUAGCUGCGGGCGAGCCCUCAACACCCUCCCGCCACCAUGGGAAAUGAAGCAAGCUACCCACUGGAAAUGUGUUCGCACUUUGAUGCAGAUGAGAUUAAACGAUUGGGGAAGAGAUUUAAGAAGCUUGAUUUAGAUAACUCUGGUUCUUUAAGUGUGGAAGAAUUUAUGUCUUUGCCUGAGUUACAACAGAAUCCCUUGGUACAACGAGUAAUAGAUAUAUUUGAUACAGAUGGAAAUGGAGAAGUAGACUUCAAAGAAUUUAUAGAAGGAGUCUCCCAGUUCAGUGUCAAAGGUGACAAAGAGCAGAAGUUGAGGUUUGCUUUUCGCAUCUAUGACAUGGACAAAGAUGGUUAUAUUUCCAAUGGGGAGCUUUUCCAGGUUUUGAAAAUGAUGGUUGGGAACAAUCUCAAAGAUACCCAGUUGCAGCAAAUUGUAGACAAAACCAUAAUAAAUGCAGAUAAAGAUGGUGAUGGAAGAAUAUCCUUCGAAGAAUUCUGUGCUGAAUGGGAGGGUGGUGGCGCAGUUUCAGGCCCCGUCGGGUGCCGUUGGGCUCAGGGGCGGGUUCUUGCUGUCAUGUCGGCAGGAGGCUUGCUGGAGAAGCCGCAGAUCAUCGCGCAUACACAACACAGCUUGAAUUACACUGUCUUCGAUUGCAAAUGGGUGCCCUGCAGCGCUCGCCUUCUUUGCUUGGGCAAUUUCCCGCGCGGCACCGGCGUCAUUCAGCUCUACGAGCUGCAGGGCGGCCGCCUCAACCUCCUCCGCGAAAUUGAAAAAUCACGUCCUAUUAAAUGUGGAACCUUUGGGGCUGCUUCUUUGCAACAAAGAUACUUAGCUACUGGAGAUUUUGGUGGAAAUUUAAAUAUAUGGAAUUUGGAAGCUCCAGAAAUACCAGUAUAUUCUGUGAAGGGGCAUAAAGAAAUCAUAAAUAGCAUUGAUGGAGUUGGUGGUUUGGGAAUUGGUGAAGGAGCUCCAGAAAUUGUGACAGGAAGUCGUGAUGGGACAGUGAAAGUCUGGGACCCGAGACAAAAAGAUUUUCCUGUUGCCAAUAUGGAGCCAGCACAAGGAGAGAGUACAAGAGAUUGUUGGACAGUUGCGUUUGGUAGGUCUGAGUUUCUAACCUGUUCAUGCCAUGUAGAAAUUGAAGAAGAACGGGUUGUAUGUGCUGGCUAUGACAAUGGGGACAUCAAGCUGUUUGACCUUAGGAAUAUGACAUUACGAUGGGAAACCAACAUUAAGAAUGGGGUCUGCAAUGUUGAAUUUGACAGGAAAGAUAUAAAUAUGAACAAAUUGGUAGCUACGUCGCUUGAAGGAAAAUUCCAUGUUUUUGAUAUGAGAACUCAGCAUCCAACUAAAGGUUUUGCUUCUGUUUCAGAGAAGGCUCACAAAUCCACCGUGUGGCAAGUUCGGCACUUACCACAGAACAGAGAUAUCUUUGUGACAAGUGGAGGAGCCGGAAACCUUCAUCUCUGGAAAUAUGAGUAUCCUGCACAGCGCUCUAAGAAGGAUUCAGAGGGAACAGAAAUGGGAAUAGCGGGUUCAGUUAGCCUUUUACAGAAUGUGACAUUAUCAACCCAGCCCAUUUCUAGUCUUGACUGGAGUCCUGACAAACGUGGCCUCUGUGUCUGUAGCUCGUUCGACCAGACUGUGAGAGUACUCAUAGUCACAAAAUUGAACAAAAUCUGACAGGAUUUCUAACAGCAAAAAAACUUUCAUGUGUGUUCUUGAACAAAGUUGGAAAUUUAAUGAGAAGACACAAGAUGUGAAAAAGUUUUCAUGAACUGUGGAUUUUACAUUUCUAGAAAAUGUGCCUGUAGUUUAACAUAUUAAGACCUAUUCACUGUUAUAGAUGUAUUUAUAUCCAAGCUACCUUAUGCUUAUAGCAGAAUUGUUGCAGUAUAACCAAUUUUCUUUAAAUGAAUUAUUUUAAUUCUUUUGAAUUCCCAAGUACUCUAAAUAGCCUGUUUAUCACUAUGUUUUGGAUUAAACUGAUUAAAAUUUGAAUAGCUGUUUUAAUAGAUUAGAUUUGUUUUGUUAUUGACUACCUGUUUAAACAUUAAUCUAUGUGUUCAAAUCAGUAAAUAUUCUGCCUUUAAAAACAAACGUCCUUAAAAUAUGUGUUUGAGGUAUUAUAGAUGUUAAUCAGAUUGAUGUCAUUUAAACUGAUAGAUGUAAUUUACCUGAUAUAUUUAUAUAAUUCU